CCUGUCAAUUUGGUUAGGUUUCAAUCGGGUUAGGUUAAGACGCUGCACUCCAUGUGGACUUGUUUUUGUCGAAAUCUACUAUCAUGUCAGAGCCACUACCGUUACCGCAAAAAAAAUAUUAUAGGCAACGAGCCCACUCAAAUCCCAUAGCGGAUCACUGUAUAGAAUACCCCGUAAAUCCUGAUGCAAUGAAUUGGAGUGCCUUGUAUCCACAUUAUUUUUCAAACAAUGAAGUAAAGUCAGAUGAAAAUAAUGCCCAGAGGAAGCGUGUAGAAUUCGCAGAUAUUGGUUGUGGCUAUGGAGGGUUAUUGGUUACACUAUCACCAAUGUUCCCUGAUAAUCUCAUUCUUGGUAUGGAAAUCAGAGUAAAAGUUUCUGACUAUGUAAUGGAUCGCAUAGCUGCAUUACGAUCUCAAAAUCCUGGGCAAUAUCAGAAUGUGGCAUGCUUGAGGACCAAUGCAAUGAAAUAUUUACCAAACUAUUUUUAUAAAGGGCAACUGAAGAAGAUGUUCUUUCUAUAUCCAGAUCCACAUUUCAAGAAGUCUAAACACAAAUGGAGAAUUAUAAAUAAGACUCUUCUGGCAGAAUAUGCCUAUGUAUUAGCUGAAGGAGCUAUUGUGUACACAGUGACAGACGUUGAAGAUUUACAUAAUUGGAUGGUGCAGCAUUUUCGUGAACAUCCAUUGUUUGAUGAUGUUUCUGAACAGGAAUAUGAUGAAGAUCCUAUUGUGGAGCAGCUGUAUGUAAGUACAGAAGAAGGCCAGAAAGUAACUAGAAAUAAAGGAUUAAAGUUCUUGGCUGUGUUUAAGCGAAUUCCAGAUCCAUAUGUGACAAAAAUUAGCUAGUAUAAAUAACUUAUUACUUAAGUAUUUACUGCUUGCAUUUAAUUUGUAAAGGACACUCUAAAUAUUCCUCUUGUAUAAUUCUCUUGUGACAUAGCAGAAGAUAAUUGAGUAUCUAAAUAAUAUCAUUUAUAUGAUAAGUGUUUUUAUGACAUAAGUAAUAAUAAAGGAUUGAUUU